AUCACAGAAGUACGUUCCAUCCCUCAUAACAGCUGAGUCUGAGUUGCAGAGAGAUGAACAUACUCCCUUCUUGUAGGGCGCUCUGUGCGCUGCAUUUGUAUAUAACAAUCAUGUUUGUGGAUUGGGGAGGAGCCAGGAAAUGGUUAGUCGGAUGGUGACGCUGGAUGGUGACAGUCGGAUGGUGUUUGGUACUGUUGCGAUCGGGGCCGAUGCGCUGGUGUCAGAAAUCCAAUCCCCAACUUGGUGUUCAGGCCAGUCUCGGCCCAACUGAACUUGGGCAGGUCAGCGCCCAGAACAUCCUGUGGGCGGGUACAGGACCACCUCCCAGAGUCAAUUGGCCGAGGACUAAUGUCCCGCCUACGUCCAUAUCCCCAUAAAUGGAGUCCCCGGACAU